AUGGGCGAGAAGACUGUUAGUUUCUUUGAAAAAAAAAUUAUAAAUCAUCUGCUUCAGAUGGGUGCAAAUUUCACCGUGCAAAUUUUGCCUACUGUUUUGCAGCAAGUAUUUUAUGAACUAUGCUCGCUAACUCUUCGCACAAUUUUUGACCUUCGAAUACCUGGAGCUACAGUACCUAUUAGGUCUUUGCUGACACUUUCGGGUGAUUCUGUUCCAGCUAUCUUGAAUCUUGGUUGUCCUCCUAUAAAUGCUUCAAGUAUCUCAGUCUCUCAAGGUUUCAGUUGCUCACAAGGGGAACUACUCAAAUUGCAAACACCAAAUGUUGGAUCAGACGAUUUACUAUCUGCAGCGCCUGGACUUCCAGAAUGCUUUCCCUGCCCAAAAGGAACAGCUUUUGUCAACAACAGUUGUAUUCAAUGCCCAAUGGGCUCUUUCCAGGAUCAAGAAGGGCAGAUUCGUUGCAAACCCUGCAUAGAGAAUACUUAUACUUUACAAUCUGGAGCUCAAUCUAAUGAAUCGUGUUUGGACGUUUGCGGCAACGGAAUGUUUUCAGCUACAGGAAUGAUUCCUUGUCAGCUAUGCCCUAGACAUACAUUUGCUGGGCCUCCUCCAAUUGGAGGCUAUAAGGAAUGCGAGCCGUGUCCGGAAGGAACAUAUACAGCUCGCCUGGGCUCUGUCGGCCCUAGCCAUUGCAAACAACCUUGUGCUCCAGGGCAUUUUUCUGUAACAGGGUUGGAGCCUUGUUCUCCAUGCCCAAUUAAUUUCUAUCAGCCGAAUAUUGGCCAGCAGCGUUGUCUUCAAUGCUCAAACGAUUCUUUCACUGCAGAGACUGGUAGAUCUGCCGAUGAGCAUUGCAAAAAGCUGGAUUGCCAAACACUUAAAUGCCAGAAUAGGGGGCAAUGCGUCGUGGCUAAUCAUAAGGUAUUUCUAUUAGAAAAUAAGAUUGUCAUAUCAAAAAGUUAUUUAAUCACAUCCCGAUGUAAUAAAAUGUUUUUGGAAAAAGUGAGAGAAGGAGAAGUUUGCGAAUGCCGCCCAGGCUUUAUGGGUUCUCACUGUGAACAACAAAUACCUCUCUGUGACUCUCACCCCUGCCUUAAUGGAGGCACUUGUGAAUUACACAACGGAGCUUUUCGUUGUAUAUGUCCUCAAAACUAUACUGGCUCGAGAUGUCAAUUUGGACCGGAUGAAUGCAUCUCUUCUGUUCAUUGUCCAAAUGGGGGUGUAUGUCAAGACUUGCCUGGGCUUGGAACAACAAAGUGUAUUUGCAGGACCGGUUUCACCGGACCAGACUGUUCUCAAAUCUCUGAUCCUUGCCAAAGCGACCAACCAUGCAAAAAUGGUGCUCAAUGCAUACCUUUACAACUGGGCCGUUAUAAAUGCAAAUGUUUGCCUGGUUGGGAGGGGACAAAUUGUGAUAAGAAUAUUGAUGAUUGCACAGAAAAUCCUUGUGCAUUAGGCGCUAAAUGUCACGAUCUUAUUAAUGACUUUGAGUGUGAAUGUCCCCAUGGAUUUAGUGGAAAACGUUGUCAAAUAAAAGAUAAUUUGUGUGAUCCAAGUCCUUGUCUUAAUGGAGGUCAAUGUGUGGAUACACUGUUUGAUAGGCAUUGUAUAUGCAAACGUGGAUGGAAUGGAACAUUUUGUGAGCAGGAAGUUAACGAGUGUUCCCAGAAGCCUUGUCAAAAUGGAGCUACUUGUCGCGAUCAAGAGGACGAUUACUCAUGUGAAUGUGCACCCGGUUUUCACGGUUAUCAAUGCCAAUAUAUGAUUGAUCAUUGUGCCGUCAAGCCUUGUCGAAAUAAUGGAACAUGUAUAAAUCGAGGCCCAAUUUAUGAGUGUCAAUGCCCUCUUGGUUACGAGGGUGAUCAUUGUGAACACAAUGUCGAUGAAUGCGAAAUGAUGACACCUUGUGAUGCUGUUGGGACUGGAAGGUGUGAGGACUUGGUUAACGGUUUCAAGUGCCAUUGUCACCCCGGAUAUGAAGGCACUUUCUGCGAACAACACGUUAGUCAGUGUGAAGACGAACCUUGCAUGAAUAAUGGUACUUGUACUGAUUUGGGUGCCGGUUUUCAAUGUGAAUGUCAAUUGGGAUGGAAAGGUGAUCGUUGCCAGGAAAUGGAAACACAAUGUGAUCGAAAGCCAUGCAUGAAUGAAGGCAAAUGUGUCCCACUAGUCGACGAUUAUUUCUGUGUUUGCCCGGAAGGUGUUAGUGGAAAGAAUUGCGAAUUGGCCCCGAACCGCUGCCUUGGAGAACCUUGCCAUAACGGCGGUGUUUGUGGCGAUUUUGGUUCUCGAUCUGACUGUCAAUGUCCAAAGGGCUAUAGCGGCAAUGGAUGCCAAUUUCGAUUUGAUGGUUGCCACGAGGGUUUGUGCAAAAAUGGUGGAACUUGUGUUAACAAUAAUGACUUGACUAGGCAUCAAAUGUCCAAAAUUGAAAAUUCGGUAGCUGUUGAACAGAACAGUGAAGCGAUUGGAUUUAAAUGUGUUUGUGCUCCUGGAUUCUCUGGAAAUGAAUGCGAGAUAGAUAUUAAUGAAUGUCAACCUUCUCCAUGUCCUUUAGCCUCUCAUUGUGUUGAUCUAGUCAACGGGUAUUACUGUAAAUGCCCUUUCAAUAUGACUGGUGCCAACUGCGAGAAGAGAAUUGAUCCAGACUAUGAUUUACGCUUUCUUGAAUCUUCAAGUCAGCCUGCUUCAGCCAGUUUAGGAAUUCCUUUCAAUUUUGUCUCGAGUGCAUUAACUUUGAAUAUUUGGGUUAAAUUUGAAAAGAACCAACAAACUGAUGUUUUAAAAGAACAGAGAAAAUCACCCCCAAUAUUUUUUACUCUUUAUAGCAGCAGUUCUGCAAAUCAACCAACAAAUUUAACUGAACUUUUAACUAUAUCUUCUGAAGCAAUAAAUAUUAGACUGUUUCCUGAGCUUGAUAAACAGCCUUUAGUUCUGCAUUUCCCUAUCCAUCAACGCCCAGACACUCAACUUGCUUGGAACAAUAUAAUAUUUAUGUGGGAUUCCCAACAACAAGGGAGCUAUUCCCUUUUAUGGAAUGCUGUUCGUCUAUAUUCUGAUAAAGGAUAUGCUCCAAAUCGUCGUUUAGACAUUAAUGCUUGGAUAAACUUGGGCGAUCCCAAGGGUAUUGAACAGCAACAAAAUCAGCUUUUAAUGGCUAAUAAAAUAAUUUCUACUGAAUUACCUAAAGGAAAUGAGAAAAUGAUUGGUACUAAAUUUGUUGGGUCUAUUACUAGAGUUAAUAUGUGGAAUAGAAUGCUAGAUUUUGAAACAGAAAUUCCUUCAAUUGUACAACGUUGCCAAGGCUCUCCCGAUCUCUACGAGGGACUAUCAUUACGAUUCGCGAAUUAUGAUAGGCUUCAAGGGAAGGUGGAAAGAGUUGCCAAAAGUACUUGUGGCCGAAUUGACUUGUUAUCUCCAACAUGCCAUUCAUCUGGAGAUGAAAAUAAAAAUUUAAAGGACCAUCAAUGCCGUUCAAAAAUUCCAUCUAAUAUGAAUGAUUACUUUAAAGAAGAGUUGGUAGAAGUUGAAGGAUGUCCUAUGGAACCCAUAAAUGUUCAAACACCUUUGAAGGAAUUAAAUAUUUCUUGGAAGGAACCGAAAUUUUAUGAGACUAGUUCAAGGGUUCAAAUAGCCAAAAUUGAACAGAAUUUAAAGCCUGGACAAGUGUUUACUUGGGGACAAUAUUCAGCCAUUUAUUUGGCUCUAGAUAAUCAAUCCUCUCCUUUAGCUACAUGUCAAUUUAAGAUAAACGUGGUCAGAGAAUUUUGCCCAGAUCCAGAAAUACCAGUUAAUGGAGUUCAACGCUGUGAGCAAUGGGGACCUGGAUUGCGCUAUAAAGCUUGCUCUGUCCAUUGUCAAAACGGUUACGGCUUCAGCCGCCCUCCCGCAGCUUUCUACUCUUGUGGUGAAGACGGGAAAUGGCGCCCCAAUGAGGGGAAACAACGUCCUUUCCGUUACCCUCAAUGCACUCGGCAAUCACCUGCCGAACACUUGGCUAGAAUUCAAUUAAGCUACCCACAACUAGCCUUGUGCAAUCCUGCAGGAAAAUCUACAGUAACCGAAAAAAUAAUUGAGAGAAUUAAUCAAAUUAAUAAUAAAUGGCAUAUUUGUGCUAAUAAUGAAGAAAGGUUAUUUGGAAAAAUUUCUUUUAAUAUUUAUAUGGAAGAAAGGAAUCCAACUGGCUAG